AUGUUCAGGCUAUAUGAAGUUGAUCCCGAUGCGGACACCCUAAUCAUAAUCCCCACCCCUUCCAAGUCCUUUGCGCCAUGGGAGGAGACACCACCCCCGUCCGACGCAUCGUCCGUCUAUGCCGGCAUCCUGCGCGGCACCUCGCGGCCGCCCAACACCUACGCCUCCAUAGCCUCCGCGCCUGAGGUGCGCGUCAAGGUCUCGUCCCGGCACCUCGGCCUCGCGUCGAAGCACUUCCGGAACAAGUUCCGGCACGAGAACCCGGUCGAGGCCGACGGCAGGGUCCACGUCACGCUGGGCGGGUACGACCCCAAGGCAGUCAUCGUAGUCAUGGACGCGGUGCACGGGCGCGGGCGCAAGGUGCCCAGGUCCGUCGACCUGGAACUGCUGGCCAAGAUCGCGGUGUUUGUGGAUGCGUUCAAGUUCCACGAGGCCGUGGAGGUCUACGCCGAGAGGUGGUUUGAGGGGCUCGGGGGUGCUCUUCCGACCAAGUAUGGGAGGGACCUUGUCCUUUGGAUUUAUGCCUCCUACGUUUUCCGCCAACAAGAUGUCUUCAAGAGGGUGUCCAAUGUGGCGAUACUGCAGAGCAAUGGUCCGAUACGGAGCCUGGGCUUGCAGCUCCGGGAUGGCCUGAUCAGGGAAAUCGACAGGCAGAGACAGCAGCUAGUACGGCAGGCGCUGGAUGUCGUCUACAAGACCAUUGAUUCCCUGCAGGUGGACGAAACACCAUGUCCGCGCGGGUGUGACACCUUCCUGCUAGGAUCGCUGGUCAAAUCUCUGCGCCGGCACGAUCUCACGUGGCCCAGGCCAUCCAGGCCCUUCAUCGGGGUGAGCUUCGUGGGCAUCUCGCAGUCCGUCGGGGAGGCAGGGUCGCAGCUGGCCCGGCUCGCGCCCGGCCUGUCGUUAAACGGCGCGGCAGGCGUAGGGGGGACAUCGAGAAAGCGCAAGACACCGAAUUCUGAGCCGAAGCAGACCCUGACUCCCGAUUCGUCGCCUGAGCUGCGCGCCACAUUGGACGCUCACGACUGCGGCGUGGGAGCGGGCCUCGCCGACAAGCUCGAUGAGCUGGGGGCAGGUGUGACGGGUCUGGAGCUUGAGAGCAGGCUGGGAUACUUGUUGUAUUGA